CAGUUUAUCUUGUCAUGUGCAACAAACUGUAGAGGUACUUUCUAGGUAUAAAUAUGUUUAGAAGGCAAUAUAGAUAUAGUUCACCCUUCAAUAAAGACUUGUACUCAUUUACUUACGACUUGCCAAAGCUUCUGUUCCGCUAACAGGUCAAAGUCUGCAUACGCCCCAGUACUGAUUAGGGUUUGUGUUGCUCAUAAAUAUUGUGUGUGUGUAUAUUCCAGCUUUUUGAUGACUACUGAUAGCUUCAACAGAAAUCGAAACACUUACGAGAUUAAAUGCAAACAGUCAGAGACCGAUCUGUUCUGGUAACUCAUCCUGAAAACAUAUUUCAAAGUCAAGCUGUGUGUAAUUUUGCGGAGGAGAUACCAUGGGCUGUUGGGCAAAGCUGAAGUCCUCUGGAUGGGCUUAUCCCACUACAGUACUGUCAGUCUACGGCUUUCUUGCUAAUUGCCGAGUAGCAGAGCCCUUCCUGACACCUUACCUAAUUGGACCAAACAAGAACAUCUCUGAGGAAGUGGUGACCAACUACUUGUUUCCUAUCUGGACAUACUCCUACCUGGCCUUUCUUUUUCCAGUUUUUCUCUUGACUGACUUCCUGAAAUACAAGCCUGUUAUUGUUGUACAGGGACUCUUUCUUGUCAGCAACUAUAUCUUGCUAUCCUUUGCCCCUGGCCUGCCUGCAAUGACCUUCCUUCAGGUCAACUUUGGAGUUGUGACUUCCACAGAAGUGGCCUACUUCUCUUAUAUAUAUAGUGUGAUUCCACUUGAAAAUUAUCAAAGGGCUACAAGUUAUCUGCGCAGCGCUAUGCUGACUGGAUAUACAUUUGGCGCCAGCCUUGGCCAAAUGCUUGUCUCCCUUGGAGGAGUGGAUUAUUUCUACUUAAAUGCUAUAACUCUGGGGGUUGUUUGCCUAGCUUUUCUCGUCUCCUUCUUGUUGCCCAUGCCCAAAAAAAGCAUGUUCUUCAAAGGGGAAAAGGCUGUCGGGUCCCAGUCGCAGGACGAAGGGUCAUUCAAAAACAAUAGACAAAGAGAUUCAGAGAUGGACCAAAAUGGAGAAUCCUUGGACGAAGAGAAAAUGGCACAUGAUGGCAGUGCUGGCUGGUGCAGCAGGGAAAGUGUGACCACUGCAGGUCAUUUACUUUGGAAAAGCUUCAAGGAAUCAUACUCUUCUAGGCAUUUAGUGUACUGGUCCCUGUGGUGGGCUUUGGCCACAGCUGGCUACAUGCAGAUCUUUAACUAUAUCCAGCUCAAGUGGGACCAUAUAGAACCAUCUGCCACAUCAUCUAUCUACAACGGAGGAGUAGAAGCUGUAUCGUCUGUUGUGGGUGCUGCUGCAGCUUUCUCUGUGAGCCUCAUCAGAGUGACCUGGGCCAUGUGGGGAGAGCUGGCACUGGGGCUGUUCUCAGCUGUGUGCUCAGGUGCUGUGUAUAUGAUGGCAUUCACCAGCAGUAUCUGGGCAUGCUAUGCUGCAUAUGUCAUAUUCAAAUCCUGCUACAUGUUUCUCAUUACCAUCACAACAUUUCAGAUAGCAUCGAACCUCACCAUGGAGUGUUAUGCUUUGACGUUUGGGAUCAACACGUUCAUGGCCCUCUUAUUGCAGACUAUUAUCACAGUCAUUGUUGUAGAUGAAGCAGCACUGGGACUGGACAUUGCCACACAGUUUAUCAUAUAUGGCAGCUAUUAUGCUGCCAUCUCCGUUCUCUUCCUUGUCCGAGGGACCUACACCGCCUGUGUGCAUCGCCGCUCUCUGGAUAGGACAGAGCCAAGGAGGUGAUCUCUGCUGAAUGUUUGUGAUUCGUAAAAAUAAAAGGAUUGUGUCUAAAAAAUG